AUGCGCAUCUCAAUUAUCCAGCCGGUAUCGACACCAGUCGAUCUGUCGAGCGAGGAGCUCGAAGGAUUGUGCAAAAACGGUAUCACCUGCUCUGUCGUCAAUUUGAACACUGGCCCAAUCUCCGUCGAAUCUCGAACCGACAAAGCAUUAGCAAUCCCCGGCCUGAUCGCGGCAGCCCAACGAGAAGCACAAAAGGGAGCCGAUGCCAUAGUCAUCGAUUGUUUUGGCGACCCCGGCUUAGAUACCCUGCGAGAAGUUGUCGAUAUCCCAGUUCUAGGUGUGGCGCAGAUUUCAAUGAACAUAUGUGCCAGUCUCGCGGAUACGUUUGGGGUUGUGACCAUCUUGAAAGAGUCCAUUCCUAUAAUCAAAGACUCGGUUAAAGCAUACGGCCACGAAGGCAGGUUUGCCGGCUGCCAUGCCAUUGAUAUGCGGUCGCUUGAGAUCAAGGGCGAAGUCAAUGAAAUGACGAAUAGAUUGGCCGAGCAUGCCCUCGCUCUGGUGAGAGAGAAGGGAGCUCAUUCUAUUAUCCUAGGCUGCACUGGUUUUAUAGGCUGUGCCGAAGAAAUCAAAAAGCGGCUUGAGCUUUCAGGAUUCGAUGUCCCGGUCGUUGAUCCCAUGCCUGCGACUGUCUUUUCGGCCAUACCUCUUCUCCGGUUAGGCUUGAAGCAGAGCAGGGAAAGCUAUCCGAGGAGUACGAUUAAGGAGACAAAGGGUUAUGUAGAAUUUUGA